AUGUCAAUAAAUGCUUCGAAUUCGAAUGUGCUUAUUGCCGUCAAUUACACGGCCACGACCAACUGGACGGCAGCAAAUGCGACUUUCUGCUCUCAAGAUGAUCCAGCGUGGACUGGGUCCGUCAUUUUCGAAGCUGCCGCCACCGUCCUUGCGAUCAUCCUCAAUACGGCCGAAUUAAUUGUGUUUCUCCACUACGACCAUCUCCAGACGGCGUUUACGUUAAAUAUCAUGGCACUCCUCGCAUCCAAUAUCGUGCUGUGCGUCAUGAACUAUCCACUGGAUAUCAUCGGCAAUCUCUACACCUGCUGGUGGCUGAGUAUGCCGGCAUGCAAUCUGUAUCUGUACGGAAAUUGGGUUCUGGCGGGCGGCAUGAUGUACAUGCAUGUUUUAAUAACGGCCAACCGCAUCUGGGCUAUGCAGUUCCCGCUGUCUUAUAAACGCCAACACGGCAGCAGUCACCGCAGCGGUUUUCUCCUUAUUUUGCUGACAUGGCUAUUUGUGCACGCCAUCUGCUUGCCGGGGGUCAUACUGGAUGCCCUUUAUUUCCGGCAGUCUCUGUCAACGGGUUGCGGUAUCAACGGUGAGGCGCAGGUGGCCUGGAUCAACACCGCACAACUACUUAUUUACGACAUGCCGGUUGUCUUCAUUGCCGGUGCAUACCCGUUUCUUGUUUACAAACAAGUACAACGUCAAUCCAGAACAAAUGAGCGUCGAGCUAGCUGCAUGAUGCCUAGUACGAUGAAUUUACAAGCGGCAAGCGGGAACGGACCGAUUUCGAGUCAUGGUCAUAAAAACUUAAAAUUGUUGUUAUCAAGAGAAGCCACACGGGCUUUUCUCGUACUGACGGUUCUCAGUGCCAGUGUCUGUAUCUGCUGGACACCGUCACAGGUCUACUGGACUAUUCGACUAAUCAAUCCGGCCAUCGAACUGCCCGACACGUUUUAUAAGAUUGAAGCGGCGCUCUACGUACUGCAGUCCGUGAUGGACCCAAUUCUGUUUGCCGUGACCUUUAAGGACCUCAGGGACGUACUGCUGGCGUUAUUCAAAGGGUGGUGCAAUGCUGAACGAAGAAGAAAUCCAUCUGUAUGGUUGAGUCAUACAGCACAAGUUCAUCCGUCAUAAGUAGAGUGACCGCAGCUUAAGCACAAAGCCGGUGGCAGUACGUGUGCAGACGACCGGUUCGUUACCCUAAUAUUGUCGCAUCCAUAUAAUCACUCUUCAGCUGACAAGUGAUUUUACAGA